AUGCACGACUUCACCAUAUCUUUGAACCAGGACGUGCGCGAGGGCGGUCGCCUGCGUCCUCACCGUCACCGCAGCAGCAGCCUUGGCUCGGGCACAUCCGUGGCGACGUCAGAAGAGGCGGAUGUGAACGACGUGAUGCAGCACCUGGAGGCGGCGGCCGCCGCUGCAGCGGCGAACUUAGAUGGCGCGUACAGCCUCACUGACUGUAUAUGCCCAGGAAAGAAUAACGAUGAACUGCUCUCCUGCAGGCCUGAUGAGGUGGCGAACGUAUACGAUGACCGGGAAGAGGACCUCAUCGACGGCGAUGCUGUCGAGAGCGGCUCGCGAACCGGCGGCCUUUCGCGCGAGCGCACAGGCACCGACUUAUUCUCGGUCAAGUCUUCAGGCGCCUCUGUGCGGCGCGGGAAGGACGAGGUGGACGUGGCGGCGAAGGGCAUUCCGCUCGAGGUGCGCCGCUUCCAGUGCACCAAGAGCAUCCUCGCGUUCAAGGAAGCGACGAAGAACGACGCGACACCGGUGCCCGCAAAGUUGGUCGACUUCAUCGUCUCCCUCACCUCGUCCAAGAACGGCUUGUGCACGGAAAAAGAAAUGUGCGACUGGCUGGUGGCGCAGAUGUGUGACCGCAUGGAGACAGGGCAGUUGUGGGUGAUUGGCAAGACAUCCAACCUACUUUUCGCGCUGCUCUGGCGCGGCUCGCGCAGCUUCAUCGAGAGCGUGCACGCUACCGGUGCAUCGCUCUUUCAGGUGUCGCAUCUCGUUGACGUGAUCAAGCAAACCCCACAGGGGAACCUUAGCGGGGAUCGACUUCCAGGCUCGCUGCAGCCCAUCAAGCCCGGCGCGGGAGGGCGUAAGCCAGCGCGUAGUCGAGGAAAGUCGACGAACGCCGUCGGCAGUAAUAAAGCUGUGAAGCCGUUGACAGCCUGUUUCCUGGAGCAGCUGAAGCAGAAGGGGACGUACAGUAAAGGGGCGAGCUCGUGGCUCUCGCACGGGAAUGACGCACUUCCGGUGCACAUCGACCCCAUCUUAGAUAUCCCUGAAAGAGAGAUAAGCUUCUUCAUUGCUAACACGGCCUACAUGGAGGCUCUCUGCGAGUACCGCUUCCGUCACCCGACGCUGGACCUGGUGCGCGGCGAGAUCUUGUGCGACUCGGACGACUGCUCUCUCAGCGGCUCCGCGUGCCCGGCCUCUGAUUCCUCGUCGGGUCGUGCGACUCCUGCGGCAUGGAAGGAGUUGCUCGACGACACACUGGAGCUCAUCAAGACGGUCUCCGUGACGGACCCAAGCCUCUUGAUCUGCCCGACUGGCAUGGCCAUUGCAACGAUACGUCUGCGCAAUGCAGUCCUGCUCUAUGAGGUGGCGUGCCGCGCCUUGGUACGGCUGGUGCACUCCAUCCUCAUCUCCCUGCGCACGCUGGUGAACUCAGUGCAGACGGAGUCGGUGGCGCCAUCGACGACGACGCAGACUACCCGUGCUGAGCAGCCGCCAAACAUCACCACAGGUAGCGGCUGCAGCGAUAGCAGCCGUCUUGCAGACAUCGGUGCAGCGUUAGACUCAACCCUUUCCCCGGAAACCGCGCUCGGCUUAGUGAACAUGCACUACAGUGCCAUAUACCAGUUCAACUGCGCUGUUCGCAUGUUCAAGACGUACUGCGAGUCGGCCCAACACGUGUCUGCGGAGGUUUCGAAAAAGGCGGCCGCGGCGCUGAAGCUGAUACCAGAGGAUGACUUUUCCGCGUUCCGUGAAGCACUUACGCAGCUCCAGGGAAACGACUGUGCCAAGACGGCGGACGCAGCACAUACUGCUACGCAGCCAUUGCCUCAUCAGGCGGCCAACAACAGCGACGCGCUUUCACCCUCCGCUGCCGGCGCAGCGGAAGGGCAGGCAGCGGAGGUGUGCAGCCCGUUGUCUACCGUCGCGGUGGACGGUGCAUCUUUGCCGACCUCGGCUACCUCUCUGUUCGAGAACGGCGCACAUUCCACCGCUCUCCUAGACGCGGGGGUGCGCGGUGCCCUGCUGACGCUGUACGAGUUUAACAGCGCGCAGGAGGGAGAACAGCCGCCCAUGUGGAUUCGGCAGGUGGAUGUGGUGUGUGCGCUCUUCGACGAAAAAGAGGCCGCCAUCCUUCGCCGGAUCUUUCAAGAUGGGCUGGAUGGACUCUGGAGCCAGUGGCGCGACUUCACCAACAACGCCUUGGCAGCGACGGAUAAGGCGCUCAUGAUGACAUACGAGUCGACGUCCCCGGGGGCGAAGCGGGAAAACAGCGGUGUCCAGGGCGUCGUCUCCUCGGACGGCAGCGCGCCUGAGUCUGGCGGCCAACAUGGUAGCUACGGUGAUGCGACGGCCCAAAGCCCUGUGCAUGCUCUUCGCUCUCCAGGAUCCGGGUUGCAGUGUUCGGCAGUGACCGGGUUCGGCUCUAGCGACAAGAUGGACUUCGCCUCUCCCAGCAUCUCCAGUGCGAACAACAGCAGCGUCAGCAUCGCCGGGGUGGAGAAGUCGGCGGAGCGGUCGAUUGAGGCGCUCCUGCAGGCGGAAGACGUGGUGGUGAUUUGCAACGAGGAGUGCUCGUGCAACGACACACUGAAGCUGAUCGACCGUUUCCAGAUCCUGAUGGACGUCCCGCUUGGCCAGGGCAGCUACGGCAAGGUGUUCCGCGCGUGGGACGAGGUGACCGGGUGCUACUUGGCUGCAAAGGAGCUGCCGCUGGACUCGUCCAAGGCCUACAGCGUGGCGGUGCGCGAGGUGCUGCAGGAGUACACAGUGCUGACGGAGCUGUCGCACCCGAACAUCGUGCGUGUGGUUGCCUUCAUGGUCAUGAAGGAGACAGCGCGCAUCUACAUGGAGUGGAUGCCGUCGGGCUCGCUGCAGGACGUGCUGCGCCAUCACCCGCGCGGGGUGCUGCGAGAGGGCGUCGUGCGUCGCUACGCGCGCGAUGUGGUCUCGGGACUCGCCUAUCUGCACUCACGCGGCGUCAUUCACCGCGACGUGAAGCCUGCGAACAUGCUGCUCAGCUCCGACGGUACAGUGAAGCUGACCGACUUCGGCACUAGCCUCGUUCUCAGCGACAACAACCGCACAAUGAAAUCGAAUGCACUCGCAGGGACGGCAGCGUACAUGGCCCCCGAGUGCGUGCAGGGGACCUACUCGUCCGCGUCUGACAUCUGGUCCUUUGGCUGCUCGGUGGUGCAGCUCCUCACGGGCCAAAUGCCGUGGUACAACGCCCAAACCGGUUCCUCACCGGAACCCAUCGCGCUGCUCUUCAAGAUUGGCUGCUUGGACGAUACAACGCACCUCGAGCGACCGCAUGAUCCCCUGAUGACAACCCUAACAGCCACCAACAUCACUGCGGAGGCUUCUGCGAGUUUCGACGCCACGUUGUCGAACUCCAACACCGCCAGCAUGACUGGGUCCUUCGCGUCGACUUUCUCAAAGUCCUUCAGGGUGGCGUCUCCAGCCACGACCAUGACGUCGCCGACGGAAAUCAGCCAGGAGCUCAUCAACAUGCUCAACGCCAUCUUUGUCGUAGACCGCAAAAAGCGGCCCUCUGCGAGGGAGCUCAUGCACCACCCCUUCUUCAAGCUGAUGUAA